CAUUCGUCAACCGCCUCACCGUCCGUCCAUAUCGCCAUAAAUUUCUACCGGCAAUCCAACUGUCUAUCCGAAUUUCAGGUUCAAACACACAUACACGCACGCGCUGCAUCUAUGUGUCUACAAAUUUGUGAUUUCAGAUCUGCUUACCAAUCCAAUGCUUCGCACUUUGAAAAUAGUGAUCAAUUGUAAAAUUGUUGAAUUAGUUCUUAUUUUGUUAAAUAAAUUUGCAUGUCCAAUCUAUAUAACCUAGCUGUUACAUUGAUGGAACUUCAAUUACUUGGAUUAUAUAUUUUGUGAUUUUCUUGGAUAAAUUUGAUCGUUUAUCUCUAGCAACAAGUGAUUUUGGGAAGUUUCUAUGGCAAUGGCAUUUUGGCGCUUGAAUUUUUUUCAGUUAAUUAUGCAUUUGAAGUAUUCUUAGCUCUGUUGGUGGCUUGAUGCGAGCGGGUAGUUUUGUACUUCCGCAUCCCAAAAUGAAUCUGCAAUUAUAAGCCAGUUUGAUAGAUUAUCGGUUCAUAUGCCCUGUAUUUUGACCAAGUCCAGUAGUAAGUAAUUCAAAUUCAGACAAUGGAUCUAUUUGCUGAUUUCAUUGGCAAAAUUAAUUUCAGGAUAUUGGAACUUAGAACUACAAAUCGGUGGUUCUGCAAAUGCAAAUUCUUGAUGAUGUGAAACCAGUUUGUUUGGCCACAGUAGCACUGGCACAGCUGUAAUGUUAUUGGAGUGGUCUUAGGUCAUGAUUUGGCAGCAUUGGAUUCAUUUGCUGUUGCAGAUGUAACAAGUAACAAUCCAAGCGUUGCUCAAGUGUGUGAUAGAUCCUUACGAUGUUCAGAUCCAAAAUCAAAUGGGUGGCACUUGGAGGGCUGGUUCUCUCCUUUUUGUCUUUGCUGGUGCACAUGUUUGUUGCAAAUACGAGUGUGGAGCUAGUACAGUAUAGCGUGAUGACACGAUUUAUUGAGGAUUUGAAUAUAGAUAUUGCGGGGAAACAGGGUGUUAGAUCUCAGAAGUUGUGGAAGAAAAUUAAACCUUUAGAGGUUUUGCAGCCGUAUGCAAACCCUAGAAGUCACUAUCCUGUUCCAGUUGACCCAAGUAAUGGUUUCAUAUAUGCCAAAAUAUUUGGUGAAUUUGAGAAGAUUAGAUCUUCGGCUUCUCAAUGCUACUCUGGUUAUUCCAGAGAUUCAAGAAAGUACAACUUCAAAAGGCAUCAGCUCUGAGUUUAAAAGUUUUUCAUACCUCUACAACGAAGAACAGUUCAUAACCUCUCUUAAAAAUGAUGUAAUCAUUGUGAAAAAUCUGCCCCCUAAGCUGAAGGAGGCAAGAAGACGCAAAGAAUUUCGUACUUUUAAGCCAAAGAAGUCCGCUUCUCCUGAUUAUUACAUUAGGGAACUCUUGCCAGAGUUAAAGAAGGUGAAGGUUGUUGGAUUGGUGAUCAUGGAUGGAGGCUGUCUACAGCCUAUCCUCGCAUCUAAAUUGGUUGAAUAUCAAAGGCUGCGAUGUCGGGUAGCUUUUCACGCUCUUCAUUUCCGUCCUGAGAUUCUAGCACUUGCUCAUCUAAUGGUGAAAAGGUUACGAGCUUCUGGGCAACCUUAUCUUGCUUAUCAUCCUGGUCUAGUAAGAGAUAGCUUGGCUUACAAGGGUUGUGCUGAGCUUUUCCAGGAUGUCCAUACUGAGCUUAUACAGUAUCGACGGGCACAAAUGAUCAAGCAGAAAACUGUUCAUGACGAACUAACUGUUGACUCUUUUAUUCGGAAACUAAAUGGCUCAUGCCCACUGAUGCCUGAAGAGGUGGGACUUCUCCUCCGAGCCAUGGGUUAUCCACCAACAAUAAGAAUCUACUUGGCAGGUUCCGAAACAUUUGGUGGUCAACGUGUCAUGAUCCCCCUUCGUGCCAUGUACACCAACUUAGUGGAUCGUUCUAAUUUAUGCAAUAAACACGAACUAAACAAAUUAUUAGGCAAUGAAGCCCCACUUCCUUCAAACUCUUUCAAUCCCUCUCCUAUUAAAACCGCCAAGACCCUAAAGAAAGAAUGGGAUCAGGCUGGUCCACGUCCUCGACCUCUUCCUCCACCUCCAGGCCGCCCUAUUUAUCAACAUGAAAAAGAAGGAUGGUAUGGUUGGGUUGCAGAAAAAGAUUCAGAGCCAGACCCUUCGCCAAUUGAUUUAAGGGACAAAGCUCACCGGUUGUUGUGGGAUGCCCUUGACUAUGUUGUAUCAGUAGAAGCAGAUGCAUUCUUCCCUGGGUUCAAUAAUGAUGGUAGUGGGUGGCCAGAUUUUUCAAGCUUGGUCAUAGGACAUCGGCUCUAUGAGAUGGCAUCCGCAAGAACUUAUCGACCAGACAGGAAAUUUCUCGCUAAUCUGUUCAACAGCACUGAAGAUCAUUUUUAUUUUCCAAAGCGAAGGUGGACCCUAGCAGCACGUAAACAUCUGAACGACAGCCUGGGAGAGGAAGGACUAAAGAGACAAUUCAUUCAAUCGAAACCAAUAUCAUUCCUCUCCCACCCCAUCCCAGAAUGCUCUUGUACCAUUUCUAAAACUAGCAGCCAGAACACGUGUCCCAAAUGGAUGGAAGAAAGCCUUGCCAAAUCCCGACUGCAAGAGAGCGCUACGCUCAACGAGAAUGAACAACCCGAUGAUGAUGGAAUAGAUGAAGAGCAAAUGGAUUCAGAAGAUGAAAGCAAGGCGAACAAUUUAUCUCCUUUGGAAGAAGAUGUUGAAAUGGAUCCCGAUGAUUAGAUGUUCAUAAGGUUCGAUACAGGUUUCUCACACAGAUUCUUUUAUUGAUUGUCAUAUAAUAUUCAUUUGGGGGUGGCGCGUUUUUUGGUCGGGAAUAUUUGCGACGGCCUCGCGGUUGCACAAAGGGAUACAGGAAGGGAAAGAAUGGUAAGAAACAGAGAGUUAUAAAUCUAUAGUUUUACAAAAACAUUCAUCGGUUGUGUAUUUGUAUUCUUAUAAUCAUAUUGAUUACAUUGUUCUCGUUUGAU